GAUUCACAAUCUUGAACGUCAUUUGACCAACCAACCGUUUGUACGAAUCAUGGCAGCUCCCAUUCAAAUCGAAUGAAACGGAAACAAUUAUCAAAUUUCUUCUGAUUUUAGCUGGAUUGCCCUAUCCGCCAUAACAAUUGUUGCAGACAGUGAGAUGUCACAAGGACCAAGGUGUAUGAAUAUUUGAAUGGCAUGCCUGUCUUGCGCUCUUGUUUAGUAACAUUACCAAAAUGGUGGUUUGAGAUAGCUAGAGUUAGUUCCCAGAGAUGAUAUGGGGUAUGACAUGGAAACUAGAAGAGGUAAUUUAGAUAUUGAUAUUGAUUUGGAGAGUGGGGAAGUGAUAGCAGAUGGUAGUGGAAGUGAAAUCUUGAAUCUGAGUGGUGAUAAUCCCGGCAUAUUUUUGCACAGAGCUUGGAAUUCUUUGCCGGUAGAGCAGUUGAAAAAUGGAUCGAUUUCAGGUGAAGAGGGUGUCCAUUCAUGUGGGCAGAUUUUGUCUGAUAAUUCUGUUAAGAAUGCAGAAUUAACAGAUAUUCACUCGAGCAAAGUGAAGGACUGUAAAAGAAAUCCUAAAGGGAAGAAAGCAGCUAAAGAGAAAUUAAAAAAGCCAAAGCCUUCAAAACCACCUAGACCUCCCAAAGGUCCCUCAUUGGAUGCUGCUGACAUCAAACUCAUCAAGGAAAUUUCUGAGAUGACAUUACGGAAGCAUAAAAGAUUGGAACGCCUAAGCCUGUUGAGGAAAAUAAAGAAAGAGGGAAAAUCAUCCGCUAAAGCUAAUGUCUUGGCAAUGGGAAUUACAGUGCUGUUCUUCUUUGUUAUUAUAUUUCACGGCCUUCUGAGCUCCAAUAGAUGAUCUACCCUGCAAGUUACUUGUUCAUGAAGUUGCACCACAGAUGAAAGUGAACGCUUUGACUGGUUAGAGUCAGUUUGGCAGCCAUCUCUAUCAAUUUUACAGAAUACUUCCUUUGGGAAAACUCAGCAGAUUCUACCAAACAGCCCUUACUGAAGAAACUAAUCUAACUUUUCUCUUGAUUUAUUGUAGCCAAGGAGAUCAGUUGUACAGAAUGUAAAACUCUUUUGGGGUUGUAGACUUCUAGUGAAUUAGAUACUCCGUGAGCGGAGUUUUAACUUACUUUAGUAGUUGUUAUGGUGAUCAAAUCCUGCGGCAUAUUAUUUUGUUCAGUUAUGGUGAAUAUGCUCUAAAGUUCAAUUAAUUGUGACAGAAGGAAUUGACAGGGGCCAUACGAGCAAUCUCCAGAUAAGAGAGAGGGAGAUUGAGAGAAGUAGAGCGAUGAGUAGAGGACUUGAAGAGUUGAAGGGAGAAAGAGAUAUUUCACAUUUUUUAGUACGGAGUAUUAAAAAAAGAAAGGUGAAACGUUAAUCCUGCAUUGAAUAGACAAGAUGACAUCCCAUCCCUGAGAGCCCUCAACCUCGAUCGGACGUUACGUUGGAAGGAUGUAAUUAGACUAUAAUCCCAAUCUGACAGAUAGAGAGUGGGACUAUGCCCCCGGUACUUGCAGAGCCCUAUGCAUUUUUAACACUUGUGGCACUCUCUUGCUACCAGUUGAGCUACGCCCACCGGUACUUUACGUCCACCGUUAAUUGGUUGUUGGGGGUUAUGUUAGUUGAUUGAUGACAGCACAUUCAGUUGGCUGUUUUGGUUAGUUGAUAUAAUUAGCUGUUUGGAAAACAGUGUUUGGUUAAAUGGUUAUUUUUAAUUA